GUAAGUUGGUUUAACGAACAUUGUUGGAUAAACGAUUUAUGGAAUAAACAAAUAAUUAAUAGUUUAUCUCAUCUUGUCUCCGAUGGUGCAUUCUGUGCCCUUUUAACAUAGAUGACGUUUUAUAUGAAGGAUAAAAAGCACUAACAGUGACCACCAUGUUCACAUCUGGUUUGGAGCUGCUGCUUGUUACUGUGAUGAUCGUUCAUGUGAUCAUGUGUCCAUAUACCAAGGUGGAAGAGUCGUUCAAUAUGCAGGCCAUGCAUGACGUCCUCUACCAUACCACUAACAUAUCUCAGUAUGACCACCUGCAGUUCCCAGGGGUGGUACCUCGCACGUUUCUGGGCCCACUGUUUGUGGCAGUUUCAUCUAGUCCACUUGUAAUGGUCACACAGUUGCUUGGGAUGUCCAAAUUCACAUCUCAAUAUAUUGUUCGCUUUGCUCUCGGUAACCUGGUGAUGUUGGGACUGUUCAUGUUUGCCCAGGCAGUCAGGGAUAUAUUCGGGCGACCUACUGCAAAAUUAUUCCUCGUUAUCACGGCUUCUCAGUUCCACUUCAUGUUCUACAUGACACGGUCAUUGCCAAAUACAUUUGCUUUGGUUCUGGUUCUGUUUGCACUCAGAGCAUGGUUAAGGCAGCGUCAUAUGUUGUUUAUAUGGUUGUCUGGUGCAGCCAUUUUGAUUUUUCGUUCGGAGCUGGCCAUAUUUCUGGGCAUACUUCUACUGAUGCAUCUUAUAAAUGGACGUGUAUCCAUAGUUACAGUUGUCAAGACAAUUAUACCUGCUGGAAUACUUCUUCUUGGGCUCCCAGUGGUUGUAGACUCAUACUUCUGGCAGAGGCUUCUGUGGCCUGAAGGCGAGGUGUUGUUUUAUAACACUGUUCUCAACAAGAGCUCAAACUGGGGGACUUCACCCUUCCUCUGGUAUUUUUACUCAGCCAUACCAAGGGCUAUGUCAUGCAGUAUUUUCCUGGUGCCAGUGGGGCUGAUUGUUUCUCCCAGACUCACACAGCUGGUUGUGCCAGCUCUAGCCUUCGUAUUUCUGUAUUCGUUUUUGCCGCACAAGGAGUUGCGAUUCAUCAUCUAUGUAAUUCCAGUACUCAAUGUAGCGGCUGCAGAAGCGUGUCACAGACUGUGGAUCAGUAAGAGUAAGAGCUACUUGCAGGCCCUACUGGCAUUAUUGGCCGUCCUCCAUAUAGCCGGAAAUAUCACCACAACAUCUGUGUUCAUGUAUACGUCUCAUAGCAACUACCCAGGUGGUGUGGCCCUUGCAAGGUUACAUGAGUUGGAGCCUUCUGCAAGUGAUGUGCACGUUCAUAUUGAUGUUGCUGCAGCACAGUCAGGCAUCACCAGAUUUGGGCAGCUACAUGACCACUGGAUUUACAAUAAAACCGAAGACUUGACACCAGGUGGCAGUGAAAUGCAGUCAUUCACUCAUUUAAUAAUUGGGGAGCCUGAUCACUUAGAGUUUUACCAGAAGACCCACACAAUUUUAGACGAAAUCCUGGGCUUUGAGCGGCUCCAAAUGAAAACAGACGCUGUGCCGUUCUUUUUCUUCCAACACAAAGCCAAGAUGUGGAUUCUGAAAAGAAAUUAAAUAAUCUGCCAUGAGAUUAUACUUCUAUAAGUAAUAUAACAUUACGUGAAAUAAAUGUUGUAGUUGU